UGCUAACGGCCGCAGGCCCCGGGCCCCGCCGCGCCCUGCGGGCCGCCCAGUGCCGGGCGAGGGCCGGCGCGCUCAGACCCCGCCGCUCUGCCAGGAACGGAGGGGCCGAGCCGCCUCUGCCCACCUACUAUCCCGCAGCUUAAACGGAGCAGUGGCCCGUUUUCGUGGCGAAUCGGGCCAUUUGCAAUGAGGAGGACUUAGUAGAACUAGCAUGGUUUUAUGUGCAAGUAACGACGCCGAUUUGCAAGACGUUUUAGAUUAAGUUCUGCUUAGUUAUACGAAGUGUGUAACUCGUUAGUGUUCUAACUAACUGAGUUCUAACUCAGGAAAGACAAAGGGUCCCGGAAUGGGGCAGAAGAUUUUUGAUGAAAUUGAGUCAUGAAACUGUAACCAUUGAAUUGAAGAACGGAACACAGGUCCAUGGAACAAUCACAGGUGUAGAUGUCAGCAUGAACACACACCUGAAAGCUGUGAAAAUGACCCUGAAGAACAGAGAGCCUGUACAGUUGGAAACAUUGAGUAUUCGAGGCAAUAACAUUCGCUAUUUUAUUCUACCAGACAGCUUACCUCUAGACACACUACUUGUGGAUGUUGAACCUAAGGUGAAAUCUAAGAAAAGAGAAGCUGUUGCAGGAAGAGGCCGAGGCCGGGGUAGAGGAAGAGGACGUGGUCGCGGCAGAGGAAGAGGGGGUCCUAGGCGAUAAUGUCUCUCAAGAUUACUGUUUCAAAUUGAUAAGGAAUUUGGGGAUUUUUUUUGUACAGGUUUUAUUUGUUUGUCAGUUUUUAAUAAACAUAAGUGUAGGGACACAGUUGUCUAUUGAUUAUCAAAUUAAACUUGUGUUUUCACACAGUAUGUUCAGUUCGAGGAAGGUUGCAUGAAAUACAUAUGUACUG